GCCAAGCCUAUCUCGCCGUUUGAUUCCAUGGCAUUGUCUUGGUCGUUUGUUGCUUCUCGCCCUCCUUCCUGACAGAAGUUCCCUCUUCCCGGCUCUUUGGUGUCUUGUUUUGCUUGUAGAGCUGUCUGUCCUUGCGUGUCUUCUGUGUAACUUUGGAGGCUGCACCAUUUUCUACCAUUCUUUCUCCUGUUCCUGUCUUGUCUUGCCUGGCGGGGGAUGCCAGUAGGCCUUUGGCGAAGGGCGGCCAUCGCAUCGGUACCUGACUCCGGCCUGGACCGCGCACCACUCCACGCCUGGCCAUGUCUUCCUCCACGAGCGGUCUGAGGAACGCCGCCGAGCCUGGCUUCAUCGUCGCUGCUUUUACUGUUGGCGCUCUGAUCAACCGACGUCGAGCAAGGCGCGGCGAUGAAGAAAAGCGGCUCAUCUCUGCCGCCCAGUCUCCACCUCUCGAACCCUCCAGUCCAGAAUCGGACGAUGCCGAAUACCUCGAACAGCGAUGUUACACACAAGAGCUCAACCUCUUCUCCCGCUUCCUUCGCGCUUUUCCGUUUCUCGUCGAGAUCUGGUACUGGAAUUUGACGUAUUGGGUCUACCAACUGAUGCGCGCCUUCUCUGCGAGAAUGAUCGCGGGCAAUAAGGGUGUCUUCAUGCGGGCACAAGACCAUGCCCUCUCUAUUCUCUCCUUCGAGCAGACCCUCGGUAUCGCUGUUGAGCAACCGAUACAAGCGUAUAUUCUCAAGAACCACCCCGACAUCAUGGCCCUCUUUGCUCGCAUCUACUACUCCCACAUAUGUCUUGGUAUCGUGUUUCUCAUAUAUAUCUACACCCACCUCACACCUUCUACUUUUCAGCGCAUUCGCCGCACCAUCGCGCUCAACAACUACAUAGCAUUCGUCAUCUUGACGACCUGGCGCUGCAUGCCUCCACGUCUGCUCCCAGAAGAGUACGGCUUCAUUGACGUGCUCCAUGGUGGUUCGCAUGGCGGUUCUGCGUGGACUUCGAACCGCUUUCAACUCACCAUCGCCGCCAUGCCAUCACUUCACUUUGGCACUUCCCUGUUUCUCGCCGUCACUCUGGUGCGAUUCUCACCCCACAGGCCCCUGCGCCUACUAGCCCCUUUCUGGCCCAUGGCCAUGCUCUUGACCAUCGUCUCAACCGCCAAUCACUUCCUCCUCGAUGCAGCCGUCGGUGCCUGCGUGCCCCUCCUAGGCUGGCGCUACAACCGGGUGAUGCUUCGGUUGAAACCAAUACAGGACUGCGUGCUUCGUUUUCUGAAUAUCGAAUACCCAGAUGACCCCUAUGGUCGUGAAGUCGGUAAGCCGCGAAAGGGGACCUUGACACCAACCCGCGGACCCGGUCGGUUUGUGGACUAG